CGAAAUCGAAACAUACAAAUUAAAACCCUAACCCUAAUUCUAAUUCUUUCAUUUCAAUCAGAAGCGGAAAAGAAUGACGCAGAAAUCGAAACUUUUCAAGGGCCAAACUAAGAAGAAAUCGAUUCCUGCUAAUCGUCAUGGCAAAGUACCUCAAACUCGCAAAGGGAAGAGAUUUGUGAAGCCAACGAAAGUUACAAAGGAUAUGGAUGCUGAUCGUGAAGUGAGCAAAUUCAUUAACCAUUGCAAUGAAGUUAAAGCAGCGACUGUAGCUACAAAGGACGGUGGUUAUCUAAGCAUUGUUAAGACAGCACCAGAGUCUGCAAGUGGUGCAGAUAAAUAGUUAGUGAUGGUAGGGAUAGUUGCGAUAACUAAAUAUAUCUUAUGAUACAAUUGUGUAUUUGUAAAAGCAGUUUUGAUGAUCCCUUCUUUCUUUACCUUUCCAUAGUAUUUUGUAGUGUUAUUUAUUGCUAUGAAUUGCGUAUUUUUUUUCUCCUUU